AGCUUUUGGGUCGGAUGUUCGUAGCAGUUUCAUCACUAGUGGUACUAGUGGUCUCACUGGCACUCUGGACGGACUGGCAUGGCUCUCCUCCCUCACCAACCUGCAAAUAUUGAAUCUAGAGUACUUGCCAUUUACAGGGGACCUGUCCUCCCUGCACAUUCUUUCCCACCUGAGAAGCCUACAUCAGCUGCAUGUCAGUCGCCUCUUCAACGCCACAGGGGAGAUACCCAGAGAGCUUCAAUACCUGACUGCCCUCACUGCACUGGAUCUAUCCAACCUUCAAUUUGUGGAGUUCCCCAUUUGGGUCACUCGACUCACCAACCUUCAGUAUCU